UCAACACAAGAUGUUUGUCGGAGCUUUCUCGAAUUAUGGCGGCUAAAACACUCGAAAUCCGUAUCGCUGACGGACAGUGAGGUUCAAAUUUUCCUUUAAGAGGAAGAAAACCAAUAUUCUGAGAGAAAAACCGAAAGUUACGUAUUCAGUGGCCUUGGUGUUGGCAUUUCUCUCGGCUGAGAAUGAAAAUCGACAACUGGAAGAUUUGCCACUGGCCGAUUUUGGCCGUUUACCUGAAAGACUUUUGUCGGUGCUGAUUAUAAGCUAGAUCCUCAUAAUGAAACCCGUUAAAAACAGAGGAAUCGUUGAACUGAACCCAUCAUCUACCGAAGUGGAAGUGAAAAAACUUUUUGAUUCUUGGGCAGAAAAUUAUGAAGUGGAUUUAAAAAAUUAUGGCUAUAAAGCACCGCAGUUGUGUUUGGAAGCUUUCAACAAAGCCAUACAGUCUGAAGAGAUCUUCUUUGGUGCAGACAAGAACAUGAGGAUCCUUGAUGCUGGAGCUGGUACAGGAAUCAUUGGUGAGAUGCUGGUUAAACAAGGCUAUACAAAUAUUGAUGCCCUAGAUAUUUCGCAGAAUAUGUUAAACGAAGCUAAAAAGAAGAAUGUUUACAAGCGACUCAUCUGUGCGCCUUUGAGUGAUGUUCGCAUAGAGCAGAUACAGACCGCUGAAUAUGAUGUGACAUUGUGCGCAGGCACCAUUGUUUAUGGUCAAGUCAAGCCAGUGGCACUGGAUGAGUGUAUACGCCAUGUAAGACCAGGUGGUCUGUUCAUCUUCACUCUCCGAGCAGACUCUUUCGACCCAAAGUAUGGUUACUGUACCAAGUUUGAUGAGUUGGAGAAGGCAGGAAAAUGGAGACUUGUGAACAGGGAACUGCGAGAGCUGUACACUGUCCCACAUGAAGAACGCUUCAGGGAUUGUUACUUGAUCACUUACAAAGUGAUCCAAAACUAACUUCCAAUGGAUUAAAAAUAGAGCUUGUUGCCAUAGUUGUCAAACUCAGAAAAUGAUUGAUUUGAAGGAGAAGUAUGCUCCAGAAACCAUGUAAUUUCCAUUUCCUCUAUUAGGCCGGUCAUAGUCGAUGAGAUGUAAUUUAGAAACAUCGAUAAAUGAA